GUGAUACAUCACUAUAAUUGUAUUUUGAACACUGCCGAGUCUGUACUCUAAAUGGAAAGUAUGAUCCUUUAGAGGAUGAUCUGCAGGAAGAUAAGAACAACUGGAAAAUAAGCUUCAAGUUCAGAAUCCUUCAUAAUGUGUUUAUAUCCUGGGUAAAAAACAUUUUUGGCAGCAAGAAAGCGUUCCUGGAAAGCUAGAGAUAACAUAUAAAGAGAACUGAAAAAUAAUUUUGUGGAUGCGAAUCAUUUUGAAACAUGCACCAAUCGGAGAUACUGUAUGCUGUGAUGUAUGCCGUUAGACUGGUCUUAAUCUAGAGACGUUUGCUGCAGAUCAUUUGCAGGAAGAAAGGACAUCAUCUGUGAGCAGGAAAUUGUCACUGGAGAGCAUCACGUCAGGAGAAACGUGUCAAGAAGAUGACAGUGACUUACUCCAGUAAGGUAGCAAAUGCAACGUUCUUCGGGUUUCACCGAUUGCUGCUAAAGUGGAGAGGAAGCAUUUAUAAGUUGCUGUACAGAGAGUUCUUUUUAUUCAUCAGUUUAUAUACCACAUUGAGUGUCAUAUACAGAUUCUUUCUUUCAGAUACUCAAAAACGUUACUUUGAAAAGCUGUCACUUUACUGUGACAGAUAUGCUGAGCAAAUCCCAGUAACCUUUGUGCUAGGUUUUUAUGUUACUCUUGUGGUAAACCGAUGGUGGAACCAGUUUGUGAAUCUUCCUUGGCCUGACCGACUUAUGUUGCUCAUCUCCAGCAAUGUGCAUGGGAGAGAUGAGUAUGGACGGUUACUUCGCAGGACACUUAUGCGUUAUGUGAAUCUUACAUCCUUGCUAAUCUUUCGCUCUGUCAGCACUGCAGUGUACAAAAGAUUCCCAACUAUGGACCAUGUUGUAGAAGCAGGAUUUAUGACCGCAGAUGAGAGAAAACUUUUUGAUAAACUUAAUUCCCCUCAUCUUAAAUACUGGGUGCCGGUCGUUUGGUUUGGAAAUUUAGCUUCAAAGGCCAGAACCGAAGGGAGAAUUCGUGACAGUGUUGACCUACAGAUAUUGAUGAAUGAGAUGAACCGGUAUCGUUCCUGGUGUGGUCUGCUCUUUGGCUAUGACUGGGUCGGUAUUCCGCUGGUGUAUACUCAGGUAGUAACACUGGCUGUAUAUACUUUCUUCUUUGCUUGCAUAAUUGGACGUCAGUUCUUAGAUCCCACACAAUCAUAUGUGGGACAUGACUUGGACCUCUACAUUCCAGUUUUCACUCUCCUGCAGUUCUUCUUCUACGCGGGCUGGUUAAAGGUUGCUGAGCAGCUUAUUAACCCUUUUGGUGAAGAUGAUGAUGAUUUUGAAACUAAUUGGUGCAUAGACCGAAAUCUACAGGUUUCUCUUAUGGCUGUAGAUGAAAUGUAUAUGAACUUACCAAAGAUGAAUAAAGACAUCUAUUGGAAUGACUCUGAUGUACGACCACCAUACACACUUGCAGCUGCUGAUUACUGUAUUCCUUCAUUUCUGGGAUCAACAGUCCAUAUGGGACUUCCUGAUUCUGUAUUCCUACGUGAAGACUGGCUGCUGGAUGAAGAAAAACACAGAAGACAACAUUCUGUCCUUAGAAGAGUAAAACGUUUUUUAAGUGUUCAUGAACAUCCUGAGUCUCCCAUCAGAAGUGCAUUCAGUCGUCAGGGCAGUGAUGCAUCAAGUAUGUUUUUCCCUACAGAGACAAAUGGAAGUUAUCAUGAAAUUCCACCGAGAAGAUCUCAAUUCUUACUAAGUAAAAGACGUGAAUCUGCAGACAGAAAUGCUAAGACUGGAACUCCUAGAGGAGAUCUAUCGACUAUUCAGGAAACUAGCAGAUCAGAUACUUCAGAAAGAAAAUCAUCUACUAAGGAUAGUAUUACACCUAGUUCACCUAUAGAACUUCCUCAAGUUGUGGUUACUACAUCUCCUGACACAGUAGUGCAGAGUAAUGUCUCACUGCUGUCAAGUCCUCCCUUCAUCAUAAAUAAGGAAAAGAAUACAGACAGCAGCAAUCGGUAUGAUGAGAAGGUAGAUGAUCAGCAACACCAUGAAACUACUUCCAAACACAAUGACCAAGAAGAAGAUUCACUAAAGGAACAAGUGAUCACAGAAGAGGAGACAUUAGAAGUCACUAAAGAGCGGGAGAAGACCUGGUGGAGUGAAGCUGUGCUCCCAACACAGAGCCUUUUAAUAAGCUCACUCCCAUCAAGGACAUCAUGGCCAAAUGACCCUCUGACUUUAGCAAGGGAAAGGUCUGCUGAAGGAAAUAGCUCCACUACAAACUCAUUGUUAAGUCCACCUGCAGAUAUGUUUCAUAUACUAAAGCAUAUUGACUCCAAAGAAACUGAUAUUGUUGAUUUUCACAAUGAAAAAUAAGAAGGGUCUAUGUAAGUUAUUCCCGGCUAUAACGUCUAUGGCUACCAGAGGACAGUACUAUAACACCAGAACCAGAACAAUGAAAGGAAAGAGUUUACAUAGUGCAUACAAUGUAUUAGCUAUUAUUAAACAUGGUUUCUUUUUCAUAAGCUAUCAUCUCCUACUUAUGUUGAUAUUGUGUAAUGUGUUAAAUAUUUUACAUCCCGAUUACACAUUUUGUUCACACAUUCUAUAAGUCUCUCUGUUGUCUGACUGGAUAGAGAAGGACAUGUAGAAAUCUACAUUGACAUAAAAAGAGUUCUGCCACUCUGAUUUUUUUGUAUUAUUGCGCAUACUGUAUUGUUACACUGUAUUAAUGAAGGUUUAACACAGUAUUAAUGAAAGUCAUACAACAUUUCAAGGUCCAUAAAUAAACACCAUGUUGGAUCUAAUAGGCAAAAUUCAAAUGUGUGAUCCACCUGCAGCCAGUAGAUGGCACCCAACAAGAUAUUCAAUUGUUACUCCAUUUGGGCGCAAUCAGUUGCCGGCACUGGCCUUUCAGCUCAUAACCCCCAGUGGGUGUCGAGCUGAUAUUAGUGAAAAGUUUUGGUGCCCAAGUGGGACUUUUCGCACUAUAACCAUUACAUUGGUCAGGUUUAGCUGAUUUACGGGGCUAAACCCAACCUCUCUGGGUACGAUGUGCACACAAAAAAGAAAAAAACCCAACUGCGUAACUGCUUACAGCACUUUACCAGAAUUCACUAGAAGCAGACUUUCACCUCAGCUACUGGUCUCUCAUAGUGCCGUCAGGGAAUGUGGGACCACUAUUCUUUACGGAACUGCUUCAACUUCAAAUAAUUGUCCGUUUCCAAACAUGAACUGCUUGUUACUGCUUCUGCUGCAGCAUUAUACUAUUAUGAGAGUGGCAGGCAGGGUGUCUGACUUGUGUGGUGCGAUACACCUAUCAAACCAGAACGCCUGUAUUCUAAGGGGAGCUUACGGAAGAGAGAAACCUCCCAUGGAGUAGAAUGGCACUGUGAUUAACCUAUUAAAAUUGAAUUAUUUUAAUGGGGUUGGGUAAGAGGUGUCAACAGUCGUAGCUAUUCAAUUGUUUUUUGUUUGUUUUCAUUGCCCUGCUCGCACCCAGAAGUGCCGGGUUUAGCAGAGAAAAAUGGCUAAACCCAAAUAUAGUUCUGGGCACUACGUGAAAAGUGCCAUGUGGGCUCCCAUAUGGGUCACUUUUCGCACAUUUCUUCUCAGCAGCAUGAGGGGGGAGGGGGAGGUGGGCAGCAAGAAGAAAUUUCAGCUCUGGCGGCUGGGUGGAGCAACACUUGAAUUCCCAUAAUGUCAUGAUUCAUCAGUGAUUAAAUGUCGACAUGUUAGAAUGUUGUCAUUUUGUCUUGCUGGCCCAGCAGUGACUUACCUACUCCUGGCGGGUGCAAUGGCUCCAAUGGCGUUUUCUGGUUCCUGAUGGUUAUGUAUCACUUCCGGGUCAGAAUGCUGAUCCUCCAGCACUCUGCUAUUUGACUGCUAUCCCUAACUCUAAUCCCAAACCCUCUCUCUAGUGCCUAAUCCUAAUGUCAACCGUUGGCGUAGCUAUAAUAGGUGCAGGGCGUGCGGUGCACAUGGGCCCUUGGUUUAGGGGCGGGGCACACCACACACUCUGCACCCAUUUUAUUAUACUGACCCCUACGGGGUUACACAGCAACUGGUGUAGCAGACAAAAAUCACCAGGAAAAUGGUGCAGUGGUGAUUUGCACAUGCGCAGUAGAGAUGUCUCCGGGAAUGAGGCGCAGGCGCCAUGUACCCAGUGACCUGCACAGACACAAAGUCAGAGUCUACAGUGAUGCAACCACUGCCAGAGAGGAGGGGGCAUGCACAGAGACUGCACACAGGCUCUCUCCUCUCUUAAUACGCCCCUGAUGUCAACAUUCUGACAAUCUUGACAUUUCUUUAGUCAACAUUUUGAGAACAUUGACAUGCAUAUGCAGCCAGAUCUGCGUUCAUCUCUGCACAUGCUGAGGGCCACCCGCACAGGGCAAGGCAACCCAGCAUGUGUGGGUCCACCUCCUGAUGCGUCCGCAAUCUAAUUGCGAAUGCAUCGGAUCUAAGAUUGACCCCUGGUGUCAGAUGGUCGGUGGCCAUUUUUUUUUCGGGGCGGCUGCGUGUGACAUUACACAGCCACCCCGAAAACGGUCCCAGCCCACCCCUGUUUUCCUGGCACCGCAUCUACAAUACCGAAACUCCACAACAUCCUUGCCUGUCAAUCACAUUGCGGUCACAUCCAUCAGGGAUGCAACCACAAUUUGUAUGGCCACGCAGCCACUGUCCGAAUGACCCCCUAUAUAUCGCUAGCAAUGCUCAUUACUGCGGGUCUGUACAUGCAACUCAAUUUUAAAAAAGGGCACUAACAACAAGGAGCAAAUCACGCAGUGAGCACGCUACCAAUGACGAAUGAUAUGUUAAAUUAGGCUGAAAUCCAACAAUUACUAGUGUCGAAUUUCUCUGUAUCGUUCGGUUGUUUGUAAAAUCGCUCAGUGUGUACGCACAAUAUCGAUUGCCUGGGAGUUCCAUGGAAAUCGUGAGCGUGUAUGCAUGUCGUCUAGUGUGUACCCAGCGUUAUAAGAGUAACAUUAUUACAAUAUUCUUGUCUAGUGACACAGCAAGGCAUAUUGGACAUUUUUCACACAAGAAACCUGCAGCAAAGAUGCAAAUUACUGUAAAGUUGGAAGUUAUUUAUUUGUUAUUUCAGACUCAUUUUGCCCCAAAUGUAUAUGAAACUACAAACACAAUUAACACAAAAUUCUCAAGGAUCUCAAAGAAGACUGUUCACGGUGCUGCCCUUAAUAUUCGGCCCCAAUAAAUUCACCAAAUAGAAAAAAGCAUUGUAAGUGGUUUAAUAUUGGCAUUAUAUAGAUUUGCACCAUUUUUAUAUUUUGUGUUAAAUUUUGAAUCUGAAAAAGUCCUGAACUAGUGUAUUUCAAUAUCUACU